AACUCCCGAUAUUUCCAUCCCCAGCCGAUAGUUUGACAGCCCUGCCACUGAGAGAGCAUAAUGACGUGGUGAACUCUGUGUGAAAAAAGAACAAUAAAUUGCCGACAAAUCUCUGGUGUAAUUAAAUUAGUUACAGCAUAAAAACGCACUACACUGUGGUCAGAACUUCACGAAUAUCGAAUACUGGCAAGCAGGGUCUGCAAAUAGCAAUCUCAGUAAACUGACAGUCGAACCAGCCCUACAACAAGGAGAAAGAAGAAGAAGGCGACGACGGGCGGUGCAGAAUAUGAAUUAGAGAAUAAUUAGCGAUUGAAGCGCGCCUAGUUUGCCAGUUGGCCCAUUUCGUGUUUUGUUAGCCCCUUUCCGGCAGCCCCUGUCCCCGUCCCGGAAAAUUACCCAAAUCCCGAAUCGAUACACGUGUGCAGCGAGAACGACGACAGCGUCAAAGUCAACAAUAAAAGUCCAGGGCCGGAGAUUAAUGAGAGACUACCGACGACGACCAUGAUGAACGAGGACAGCAGUGCUGCCGGCGGCGGCGGGGUUAAGAAGUUCUUUCAGCGCCUCUCACAGACCUACCAAUCCACCUUAGACCGUAGCACACCGCACACACGAAUGCGCUGGGUGUUCGCCGGCUUUCUGCUCCUGCUCUUUGUACUGCGCAUCUUCAUCUAUCAAGGCUGGUACAUCGUGUGCUAUGCGCUUGGCAUUUACCACUUGAACCUGUUUAUCGCUUUUUUAACGCCCAAGAUCGACCCGGAGUUCGAUCCGUAUUCGCAGGACGACGAGGACGAGGGACCCAAUCUGCCAACGCGCAGCAACGAAGAGUUCCGGCCGUUCAUUCGCCGCCUGCCGGAGUUCAAGUUCUGGCUGUCGGUGGCGAAAAGCACGCUCAUCGGUCUGAUAUGUACGUUCUUCGAUUUCUUCAACGUGCCGGUGUUCUGGCCCAUCCUGGUUAUGUACUUCAUCACGCUCUUCUGCAUCACGAUGAAGCGCCAGAUCAAGCAUAUGAUCAAGUACAAGUACUUGCCGUUUACCCGCAAUAAGCCGCGCUACCAGCGGGUCAACGACCUGGCGGGUUCUGGACCCGGCUCCGUGGCGGGCAACUCAAAGUGACAAUUAGCCGCACAGACGUCAGACACGCGGGCGACGGCAGCGGGAACGGGUGAUCCUUCAAACGCCUCUUCUGCAGCUGCAACGCCACCAUUACCAACUAGCGACAGCGCAGCGACCAAGGAUGUGGGGUCGCCAACAGCAUCGUCCAUCAAACCACCGCAGAUCAUUGCCAUUGAGGACUACUAGAGAAAGCUACCGAAAGCAGCCCGGAAUGGGAACCAGCAGCAUAACAUCAACCAGAACCAAGCUUAUAAUAUGAUUUUCCUUUUCGGUUUGUGUAGCAUUUUUCGUUUCACUGUUGAGUUGUCGUACGGCGUCUUGUGCAAAAUACCUUGUUUAUUGUUUAAUCUAACUGCUUGUUUAAAUUUAUAUUUAUUUACAACGCUUUCAAUCUAUUGUAAAUCCCAAACGAUACCGAAAUACUGCAGAUCAGCUCUAAUUUAGUUAUUCAUCCUAAACCUAACGAUAAUUUAAUAACUCUUCUAUCCAAAAAGUAGACUUACUGUAUUUGAAUCCAAUUAUUUUUGAUUAUCAUGCUUAGAUGCUAUAAAAAUAUGCCUAAAUAUAUAUACAAACAUAUAUAUAUAUAUAUUUUGCAUUAUGAUUAUACAAUUUUUGUUAGCCUUAACUAUACAAAAUGUUAAAAAAAAAGGCGAAUUGAAAACUGAAACUAUAGGAAGUGUACACUGGGUGCGUCUUAUGAAUAAAGAAAGACAAAAGAAAACCAAAUAA